UGCGUAAGCAAGAGAUCAUUAAGAUAACAGAGCAGCUGAUAGAAGCCAUCAACAAUGGAGACUUUGAGGCUUAUACAAAAAUCUGUGAUCCUGGCUUGACCUCAUUUGAACCUGAAGCACUGGGAAACCUGGUUGAAGGAAUGGAUUUCCAUAAGUUUUACUUUGAGAACUUACUGUCGAAGAACAGCAAGCCCAUACACACCACCAUCCUGAACCCCCAUGUCCAUGUCAUUGGUGAAGAUGCUGCCUGCAUCGCGUACAUCCGCCUGACGCAGUACAUCGAUGGCCAAGGCCGGCCCCGCACCACACAGUCUGAAGAGACCCGUGUUUGGCACCGCCGGGAUGGCAAGUGGCUGAAUGUCCACUACCACUGCUCCGGAGCUCCUGCAGCACCUCUCCAGUGAGGAUCAAAUACGGCAACUUGUGGAGAUACUCAGCUGGAGGGCAAUAUCUUCUUAGCAAGCAGCUCUGGAGUGCCUGAGUGACAGCAACGGUCAUGUCUGUUUUGACGUUAAAAAAAAUAAAUACAAAUUACAAACAGGCAGCAGCCAAAUGCACGAAACCCUGCAUGCAUCUGAUGCUCCAGGCGCUGCCUUUCUGUUGUUUUCCAUGGAUCCAUCGUGUCUGUUUCUGCUGUACGAAGGUGUUUUUAAAUCUAAA